GAUACCCGGCUCCAACGAGUUUGCCGUGGACUUUGCAGGCUAUGUCUUCCUCUGCGCUGGCGAGGAGCAGAUGCGGCGCUUCUGCCAGUGGCCGAAGCGCUUCUUGACCGAGGCCCCGCGGAUCAACGCCCCAGGCCUGGCUUUGGGCUUCGGCCUUCUGAGCCCUUGCGGCUUCCGCGCCGCCGAGCUGGCGAAGAGGACGCAAGGCAGCUACGGCUUUGACAUCGUGGAUGUCGUGGCGUUGCUGGAGAGAGCCAUGAAGCAGCCAGCCAUGCCAGAGCCCCCGUUCCCAUCGGGCGAGGACGAGGCCGAGCUUCCCCCGAUGCCGGCACCGGGA